AUCAAUUACAACCAUUGCCGACUGAAGGGUAUGACGAUAGGGGUGAGGGAUGCCUCCUUGAGUCAUCCAUGACUUGCGGACGCAACCGACGGUGAGCCAAUCACACUCUCUGUGACCGCAGUACCUUGGAGCAGUAAUGGUAGUAGAAGUUGCUCCACUACCUAUUCAGUUUUAUCUUGCUUACCUGUGAGGGAAGAGAGCGAGAGAGAGAGAGAGAGAGCAUUCAUGGCAUUGAAGGGCUUCCCCUGCCUUUCCUCUCACGCAUAUAUUGAGUGCAGUAGCAUCAGGGAAGCCAAAGCCUCACCCUCUCAGCUCCGCAGGAAAUUCUGCACUCUUGGCCGUAUCACCACCAAAGUGAGUUCUGUCUUCAAGCCUCCGCGACUCAAUAUGACCUGCCGUUCUGGACAUUGUUGUGGUCGCUCUGAUGCUGUGAUCAAGCUCUGCUUAUCAGGCUUGGGUCAAACCAACCAAAGUCAUGGUCAAUUUCACAGAGCCCGAGGAACCUCACAAGGCAGAGUUAAAUAUGUAACUGGCAUUGUAAAAGCUUCUCAGAAGGAAAAUAAAGCUGAGAAAUCAGACUGGAGCUGCAUCGUACUCGACAUUGAAGGUACAACGUCACCAAUAUCCUUUGUCACAGAAGUUCUUUUUCCCUAUGCACGUGAUAAUGUGCAGAAACAUUUGACUGCUACUUAUGACAGCAAAGAAACUCAAGAUGAUAUAAAGUUGUUACGUGCACAAGUAAUCAAGGACUUAGAGAAAGGCAUUUCAGGUUCACAACCAAUACCUUCAGAAGAUGCUAGCAAAGAGAAGGUUAUUGAUUCAUUAGUGGCCAAUGUAGAUGCAAUGAUCAAGGCUGACAGAAAAAUUACUGCAUUGAAACAGUUGCAGGGCCAUAUAUGGAGAACAGGUUUUGAGAAUAAUGAACUGAAGGGGGCAUUUUUCGAGGAUGUACCUAAAGUUCUUGCUAAGUGGCACGCUAUGGGAAUUAAGGUCUAUAUAUAUUCUAGCGGUAGUAGGGAGGCUCAACGGCUUAUUUUUGGAAAUACAGCACAUGGUGACUUGAGAAAAUAUCUUUGUGGAUUCUUUGAUACCAUGGUGGGGAAUAAACGAGAGACACAAAGUUAUAUUGAAAUUUGGCAGUCACUAGGGGUAGACAAGCCAUCACAAAUUCUGUUUGUGACUGAUGUAAUCCAAGAAGCAGAGGCUGCAAGCUCCGCAGGUUUGGAUGUCUUGAUCUCAAUUCGACCAGGAAAUGCUCCUCUACCAGAAAAUCACAAGUUCAGAACAAUCCAAUCAUUUGAAGAAAUCUAGCAGGUAACAUAACAGCUGCAGCUUAGCCAUCUGUAUACAUUACCCUGUAUGUGCUUGAAGCAGCCUGACUGCUUAUGGCAAAUUUAUUUGGUUGAAGAGAAUAGAGAUCUACCAUUAUGCUAUUGCGAUUCAUUGAUCAUAAACAGAAAGCCACAGAAGUAUUAUUUUCCAGUUUUUGACCUUGAGAUUGUUGCGGGAAUUUGAAAUUGUUUACACCUUAAAUAGUUAAUUAACAUGCUCAAUGAAUUUUUAGUACUUCUUAGUUCUUA